AUGGACCUCAAAGUAGAAUCUGAAGAAAUGGACUGCAAAAAGCCACCCGCUAUUGAGGUUUUUGCUCACAACUCAACGCUGCACGGAAUUUCGCACAUCUUCACCUAUGAGCGAGCCUGCAUCAAGCGCUGUCUAUGGGUCGUGUUCUUCCUGGGCUCCUUGACUUUAUUACUGUUUGUGUGCGUGGACCGAAUACACUUCUACCUGGAGUAUCCGCACGUCACCAAACUGGACGAGAUCUCGACCCCGAUGAUGGUAUUCCCCGCUGUCACGUUCUGCAACCUAAACUUUUUCCGCUUCAGUCACGUGACGCGAAAUGACCUGUACCACGCAGGGGAGCUGCUCGCGCUGCUCAACCAGAGGUAUGAGAUUAGGGACACCCACCUGGUGGAGGACAGUGUUCUGGAGGCCCUGAAGGACAAAGCUGACUUCCACAACUUCAAGCCCCGCCCAUUCAACAUGCGCGAGUUCUAUGACCGCACAGGACAUGACAUCAAGGACAUGUUGCUGGCGUGUCAAUUCCGGGGGGCCGAGUGCAGAGCCGAGGACUUCCAAGUGGUGUUUACUCGCUAUGGGAAGUGUUACACGUUCAACGCGGGGGUUGAGGGCCGCACCCCUCUCAUAACUACCAAGGGAGGGAUGGGUAACGGGCUGGAGCUCAUGCUGGACAUUCAGCAGGAUGAGUACCUCCCUGUGUGGGGAGAGACAGAUGAGACCACAUUUGAGGCUGGGAUCAAAGUUCAGAUCCACAGUCAGGAGGAGCCUUCCUUCAUCGACCAGCUGGGCUUCGGGGUUGCACCUGGGUUCCAGACCUUUGUUUCCUGCCAGGAACAACGGCUGAUAUAUUUGCCCCCACCCUGGGGGGACUGUAAGGUGACACGGAUAGACUCAGAAUUCUUUGAGUCCUACAGCAUCACCGCCUGCCGUAUCGACUGUGAGACGCGCUACCUGGUAGAGAACUGUAACUGUCGCAUGGUACAUAUGCCUGGAGAUGCCCCAUACUGCACCCCUGAGCUGUACAAAGAGUGUGCUGAUCCAGCUCUUGACUUCCUGGUGGAGAGAGACAACGAUUUUUGUGUGUGUGAGACACCGUGCAACAUGACCAGAUACAGCAAAGAGCUGUCCUUCGUCAAGAUCCCCAGCAAGGCCUCUGCCAAGUAUCUGGCCAAGAAAUACAACAAGUCAGAGCAAUACAUAGCUGACAAUAUCCUGGUUCUGGACAUCUUCUUUGAGGCUCUAAACUAUGAGAUGAUCGAACAGAAGAAAGCCUAUGAAGUAGCAGGACUUUUAGGUGAUAUUGGUGGUCAGAUGGGUCUUUUCAUUGGAGCCAGUCUCCUUACUAUUCUGGAGAUGUUUGACUACAUCUAUGAGGUGAUAAAGUACAAGCUCUGUCGAAGCUCAGAUAAGAAACACAAGCACAGCAACAACGACCAGGGAGCUGUUCUGAGCCUGGACGAUGUGAAAUGUCACGUCAGUAACUUUCACUAAGCAUUUGCAGCUCUCAGAAGAAGGCAGCCAUAUUGCUUCAUGUCUAAACAUCUCAAUUAAGAAUUUCAUGUGCAUGAAGCCAGGUUGUUUUUGUAAAAGAAAAUGUGUUCUAAAAGAACGUACCUGGUGAGGUUCAUGAAUGUGUGUGGGGGGAUAUUCCUAGUUUUACCUUGCACACAGCAGGAUACAAGACAACCAAUCCAAUGAUCCACAUGCAUCCCUUAGAUUUCAUUGGCUAAUGUAAAUUGCUUUGCAACAGAACAAUGGAAUGCCAAAUCAAAGAUCCAAAUAUAGAAAAGUAUUAUCUCCAAAACUUCAGCUGAUAUUUUUUUCUGAGCAACAGUAUAGUUAAAAUGGAUAUCAAUGGAGGUUGUGGUGUUGUGUAUCAGCUUGAGAAACAUGUCUUCACCCCAUCAAUUUCCAUCAAGUUGUCUCAUCUAUAUUUUUUGAAAAAUCGGAAAAUCUUAAAAUUCGUAGUGUCUAAUUUAAAAGGGUGCUUUCUAAAAAUGUUUAAAGCAUAUCUACAAAAGGAUACACUUUUAAAUGCUAUAUUGUCCCUUAACUCUGCUUUUCUCACUGGGUGUCUUUCAUGAGUUUACAGGGUAGGUAGCAUAAACAUAACCACAUGUAACAUAUGGAUUUUCCUUAAAAUACAUAUCAAAAGUCCAAAUGCACUCAUGACUACUGGUUUCAAUUACAUUUUCGGCCAACUUACAAACAAAUACUUUAUGAAUUUAUUGUUACAAAUCAAAGUGCAAGGUUGCUAGCCAACUAGCCUAUUCAUGGUAUCACUACUAGCCUGCUAAUGUUAGCCCUACCAGCCUGCUAACGUCAUGUUAGCACUGAAUGAGUCAGCCAGUUGCUAUCAACACCUAGCUUACUGCUACAUUAAAGUAAACCAAUGUUUUGGAAAUACACAACGCCACCUAACCAGUUAUCAAAAUAAUGUUAGCUAUACAGUAUGAAGUUAUCUUAGUCAGCCAGGUAACAAUAGCUAUUUAGCCAACUAGCUAUUAGCCCAGCCAGCCUAGCCAACCACCACAAACACAUCACAACUAUAACCGCAGAUCAAAAGCAAAGAAAGAGCAGAGACUUACAGAUUCAUGGCUGGGGCCCAUCCGAUAGUAACACUUUUAAAAGAGUACAGGCUGAGUUAGCUACCAAAGCAAGGGGGAGGCGGGCGCUUCACCAGGGAGGAAGAGUCAGGAAAAUCCAAUAGCUAUAUAGUGAGAAAAAUCCAAAAUAGAUAGAUUCCAGAUGUCAGUCAGCUAGUGGGCUAGCACCAAGCCAAGGUGAAAAAAGUUACAAAACUCCUGUAGCCAGAGAACAUGCCAAAAAGUUGACAAAACAAAAAGGAGAACAGAUGCUGUACUACACAAUUAGAGCAAGCAGGUAUGAUUUUCUCUUUCUUUUUGAGCCCACAGCAAGAAGGCACCAUAACACAGUCACAAAGUCCAUGGAGCGCAUCAUGAUGCAGCAUGGCCGCACGUGCCCCAUCUGUUCAUUGUUUACAUUACACUUCCUUCUGAUUAGUGGAUUGUAGCUCACCACCAUCAACACUUGGUCUGGAAUGUAAUUACAUGCUAGCAUGGCUAAUGGCUAACGAUAGCCAGCUUGAGCUAGCUACCGAGCUAGCAUACAAACUCGGUAGCACAGAGUAGAUUAUCCAUAUUACAGUGAGAAAUAGUGCAUUGUGGGUAGUUUAGAAGAUAUCAGUAAAUUAGUUUAUAAACAUGUAAUAACCCAAAUAUAUAACUAUGUUUGUACUUAUAGGUAACCAGAUCGUGACUACAACUAAGUUACUUAAGCAAUAAGACUCGAGGAGGUGUGGUAUAUGGCCAAUAUACCAUGGCUAAGGGCUGUUCUUAACCACGACGCAACGCGGAGUGCCUGGACACAGCCCUUAGCCGUGGAAUAUUGACCAUAUAUCACAACCACUGAGGUGCCUAAUUGCUAUUAUAAACUGGUUACCUACAUAAUUAGAGCAGUAAAAAUAUUUUUUUGGUCAUACCUGUCAUACCAGCUGUCAGACAAUCAGCAUUCAGGGCUUGAACCACCCAGUUUACAAUAAGUCUUUGAUCACACUGUGUUGUUACAUUGGUGACUAAAAACUCAUGCUUCCUACCCUUUAAGUUUAACUUGUCUUUUUGUUUUGUUAUUGGCUCAUACUCCCACUCUUUUUUUGUCACCAACUAUCCAUUUCACAUUAUCCACCCCAGUCUCUCCGUGACAAUUCUCAUCCACCACCUCCAUACUCUGCCAAUAUGCUACCUUAUCACACAGAGCGGAGCAACUCAGAGGACUUCACCUGCUGAGCCAAUUAGAACACAAGAUAGUAAGGAAGUGGAGCAUUUCAGUUUCAUUCAAAAGUAGACAGAAGUCAGAGUAUAAAGCUUAUUUGUACAGAAUCUUGAUGAUGGGUAAUGCGUAACACUUCAAUAGCACUUAGAUCUCCACUGGUGCAAGAUUAGUGAUAGCCACGUAUAGCUUGCUUGAUGAUAAUUACUGCAGCCCACAACGUCAUGAAACUGGCUAUUUCAUCCCAUGUAUACUGAGCAAAAACAUAAACUAAACAUGCAACAAUUUCAACAGUUUUACUGAGUUACAGUUCAUAUAAGGAAAUCAGUCAAUUGAAAUAAAUUCAUUAGGCACUAAUCUACAAAUUUCACAUGACUGGGCAGGGUAGCAGCCAUGUGUGGGCCUGGUAGGGCAUAGGCCACCCACUUGGGAGCCAGACCCAGCCAAUCAGAAUACAGAACUACUCCUCAGUUUCAUCAGCUGUCUGGGUGGCUGGUGUCAGAUCAUCCUGCAGGUGAAGAAGCCUCUAUGGGAAGGUCCUGGGCUGGCGUGGUUGCACGUUGUCUGUGGUUGUGAGGCCGGUUGGUCGUACUGGCAAAUUCUCAAAAACAAUGGUGGAGGCAGUUUAUGGUUGAGAAAUGAACAUUCAAUUUUCUCGCAACAGCUCUGGUGGUCUUUCCUGCAAUCAGCAUGCCAAUUGCAUGCUCCCU